AUCAUUAUGAAUGUCAAUAAAUUAAAUGACAUUAGACGUUUCUUUAUUUCGUACAGAACUUAUUGCAAAAGAUUAAAUGAGGAACGUAUUGUUGAUUUUCCAAAUACUUAUGAAGCAAAAGUUAGAGAAGAAUAUUGGAACGAUAUCUGGUUAAAAAAUAAUUAUUGGAACCCUAAAAAUGAUAAUUAUCAAUUAAAAAUGUUGCUACCCCCGCCAAAUGUCACUGGAGUUCUUCAUCUAGGCCAUGCACUGACAGUAACUGUCGAAGAUAUUUUAGCAAGAUGGCACAGAAUGAAAGGAGAUGCUGUCCUCUGGGUUCCUGGUCUGGAUCACGCGGGAAUAGCAACCCAAGUAGCGGUAGAAAAAAAUUUGUUUGCUACUAAAGGUGUCACGAGACAUGACUUAGGGAGGGAAAAAUUUUUAAAAUGCGUUGAUGAGUGGAAACAGGACAAAGGAGAUGUGAUCAAGAAUCAAUUGAAGAGUUUGGGAGCAACUUUAGACUGGUCACAUGAAUAUUUUACUAUGAGUAAGGAACACAAUAAGGCAGUGGUUGAAGCUUUUGUAACUUUGCAUCAACGUAAUUUGCUGUAUCGUCACAAUGAUUUGGUCAAUUGGUCUCCUACAUUGAGAAGUACGAUAUCGGAUAUUGAAGUCGAGUUUAUUGAAGUAAGUAAGAAGACUGAUUUAAAAAUACCUGGUUAUGACAAGAGUGUGAGGUUUGGAGAAAUAGCAGAAGUUGUUUUUAAAUUAAAAGAUUGCGAAGAUGAAAUCACUGUGGCGACAACAAGAGUCGAAUCAAUGUUUGGAGAUGUUGCUAUAGCUGUUCAUCCAGACGAUUCUCGGUACUCGAGACACAUCGGUCAUCAAGUCUGGCAUCCACUUCGCGAAACUUUUAUACCCAUAAUAGCUGACUCUAGUGUUAAGCAAGACUUUGGCACAGGUGCAGUCAAAAUAACUCCAGGUCAUCAUCAUCAGGAUCUUGAUGUCGCACGCAGACACUCGCUGGAGAUAAUAGAAGUGAUAAAGGAAGAUGGCAAGAUGAAUGAUCAAGCUAAAAAUUAUUCAGGUGUCCAAAGAUUUGAAGCGAGAAGGAAAAUUACUGAUGAAUUAACUGACAGAGGAAUAAUAAGAGAUAUCAAGGAUCACGCGAUGACUAUUCCCGUUUGUUCGAGGUCUGGAGACGUUAUUGAAUAUAUGAUAAAAGAGCAGUGGUUUAUGAGUAUGAAAAAAAUGGCUGAGAGAGCUAUGGAAGCUGUGAAGAGUCGAGAAUUGAAAUUAGACCCGCCGAGAUUUGAAGAAACUUGGCUAGAUUGCCUGGAUAACAUCAAGGAUUGGUGUGUGUCCAGACAGUUGUGGUGGGGGCAUCGAAUUCCAGCUUACAGAUGUUUUGACGGAUCAAAAACUCACUGGAUCGUAGCUCCGAGUCUUCAAGAAGCUCGCGAGCUCGCGCAAAAGCAGUUUGGAGUAACGGAAGUCCAGCAAGAUGACGAUGUGCUGGACACCUGGUUCUCUGCUGGUCUGCUUCCACUGUCCGCGAUGGGUUGGCCGGAUAAAAAGUACGCAAAACAUUAUCCACUUAGUAUCAUGGAAACUGGACACGACAUCUUGAUGUUCUGGGUCUCCAGAAUGGUGAUGAUGUGCACAGAAUUAGUUGGAACUCUGCCUUACAAUGAAGUGCUGCUUCAUGGUAUUUUGUGUGACGCCCAAGGUAAAAAAAUGUCUAAGAGUCUUGGUAAUGUAAUUUUACCAGAGUAUAUUAUAAACGGAAUAAGUUUAGAGGAUUUGAAUGCCAAAGCCGAAGAAAGUUUUGCUGGUGGAAUUCUCAGCAAAUCAGAACUAAAACGUACUCUAACUGUUAACAAUAAAAUGUUUAGUGAAGGAAUCGCUAAAUGUGGAAUUGACGCACUGAGACUGACCCUCUGUGCUCACAACAUUAAGAAUGAAAAAAUCAGUUUCAAUGUUAUUGAGUGUAAGACAAACAAACAUUUUUGCAAUAAAAUAUGGCAAGCUUGUAAAUAUGUGCUGCUUGUUACUGAUGACAGUCUCAUAGAAAAACCUGAUGAUCUGACGACAGUCGACCGAUGGAUACUAAGUCGCCUGGCUCUGAUGGUAGAAACUGUGAAUGAAUCCUUCGAGCAGCGCAAUUUCUACAAAGCCAUCAGAGCUUUCAGACAAUUUUUUUACUAUGAAUUCUGUGAUUUUUUUAUCGAAGCAACCAAGCCCGGUCUCCAGAGUUCGAAAGAAAAUAUUAUUCUAAGUCACAGGUAUUGCUUGAUAAGAUGUCUAGAAGUUUCUUUGAGAGCAAUUUCACCAGUGAUGCCUUUUUUGUGCGAGGAAUUGUACUCGCGACUUGCGACAAAGCUUCCAGCAUUUACUCCAACUCCUUCAGUCAUGAAAUUGUCUUACCCUACAGUGGAAGAAGUUGAUAGAGAUUGCAAACUAGAAGAAAAGUUUAAGCAAGUUUUAAAAAUUAUUUUUGAUCUCAGAAAUAUUUAUGCGUAUGUUAAUAAAUCGUCAAUCCUAGGAGUUGAAAUCGUAACGGACGGAGAUAAUUUAGAAUUAUUCAAAGAUAAUAUUAAUGUGAUUGUUGCUACGACGAGAGUUAGUGACAUUAAAAUACUGCCAGCUGAUAAUUAUGUUAUCAAAGAAAAUAGUAUUUGUAGUAAAGAAUCUGAUUAUCAAUUGUACUAUUUAUUAAAGGACAAUAAAGUUGGAGCACAAAUGGCGGAUAAAGUACAAAAUAAAAAACUAAAAUUAGAAGAAAGUAUAAAUAAACUCACAAAAAAUUUAUCACGCCCGAAAUUCAUACCCAAUGAACAGAAGACAAGAAUUGAGGAUCAGAUUAAAAAUCUUAAACAUGAGCUUGAGAAAAUCCCAAGAUUUGUAUAAAAAAAAUUAUUUAUUAAUAUUUUAAUAAAAAUAUUCUACUCAAGGUC